AGCGUGAGUAUAUAACCAUAAGCCGCCACCUUCACGUGUAUCAAUACUGAUUUGUGAUUUAACAAUUCAGCGUGUGAAUCACUUCUUUGCAAAAUCAGAUAGAGUUGGUUUUGGCAUAGGAUAAGUAAGGAUUUUGUAUAUACUGACCUUGUGUGCUUGAUAAGAAGAUGAUACACAACAAAAUCGAGAGUUUAAGCGCGAUUGUACCUUUACUAAAGCUACUCUGCCUUGCACUAAUCGGGCUAAUUCUUGGACACCGGAAAACCCAAAUCGUCCCAAAAGCUACAUUUAAGCUACUGAGCAAUCUCGUGUUCGCUCUUUUCCUGCCCUGUCUCACUUUCAUCAAUUUAGGGGAAUCCAUCACGGUCAAGAAUAUUAGGCAAUGGUGGUUCAUUCCUGUCAAUGUGUUGGUGAGCACUGCAGUAGGUUUGGUACUAGGCGUGUUAGUAGUCCUCAUAUGUCGGCCCCCUCCUCAAUAUUCUCGUUUCACAAUCAUCACAACGGCCUUUGGGAAUACUGGAAAUCUGCCUCUUGCUAUAGUUGGUUCUGUUUGUCAUGAUGAGGAUAAUAUGUUUGGACCCGACUGUAAGAAAAAGGGGGUGGCGUAUGUCUCCUUCGCCCAAUGUGUUUCCGUCAUUCUUGUUUACACCCUUGUGUAUCACAUGAUGGAGCCUCCGUUGGAGCAGUUUGAGACAGUCGAAUGGGGUGAGAAAGAGGAGCAGCAGAAGUCGGUUGAGAUGAGUGGAUACCUAGUCGUGCAAGCUGAAUGGCCCGGUAUUGAUGAUGAUGGUGAUGGUGAUGGAGGUGUUGAUGGCAAUGAGAGCAGACAGGAAGUCGUUGGAUGUUUUGCAGCGAGGAAGAUGGGGAUCGUUGCUGAGAAAACUCCUAUGCGGCAUAUACUUCAGCCACCAACAGUAGCUUCUCUGUUAGCUAUCAUAGUUGGCAUGAUCCCCCAAAUGAAAUCCUUCAUCUUUGGAUAUGAUGCUCCACUUUCUGUGAUCUCCGACAGCUUGGAGAUCCUGGCCAGAGCCAUGGUCCCAUCCGUCAUGCUCAUCCUCGGAGGGAUGCUGGCUGAGGGGCCAGACGAUUCCAAACUUGGUAGGCGCACGACUAUUGGCAUCAUUUUAGCAAGAUUAGUGGUUCUUCCACUUGUAGGGAUUGGAAUAGUGGUGGCUUCAGACAAGCUGCAUUUUCUUGUCGAAGGAGACCGGAUGUACAAGUUUGUGCUCCUGCUGCAGUACACAACGCCAAGCGCGAUUUUGCUGGGAGCUAUUGCCAGCUUGAGGGGUUAUGCAGUGAGGGAAUCAUCAGCUCUUAUUUUCUGGCAGCAUUUGUUGGCUGUGUUUUCCCUCUCAUUGUAUGUGGUUCUAUACUAUAAUGUAGUUUUAUAGUUGCACUGAGUGGUUUCUGGCUACCAAGAAUUUACUUUACAAAUAGUACUAUAUUUUUUAUGUGAAACAUUGUUUUGUA